UGGAGAGAGGAGGUUGGCAGGAAAAGAGAGAGGGGUGGGGGCAAAAGAGGGUGGAGUAAGGGAUACCAUGGCAUCAACCAAUGGCUWUGCAGCUGCAAGACGAGCAUCAGCCGAUGGCUUUGCAGMUGUAAGGCGAUUAUCAACGGAUGGCUCUGCACCUACAAGGCGAGUUUCCRCRUUGGGUGGCACUACCAGAGGACGGCGCGCAUCACGACGUCCCAAGCRCGUUUGGGAUGGCAAGCUCGUGGCUUCCCCUGAUGGAAGAAUGAGAAGGUUUGACUAUGGGGCAGAGCGCAUACUGGCAGAGGGGCCUCACCAACGUGACACAUCACCGAACCCUCGGAGCAAGCAUGAGGCCUAUGUCGAUUUAGGACUGGGGCCUACAUGCAGGGUGAGGGACUUCUCCUUAUGUGCACCUUGGAAGUGGUCUGAACCUGGAGUUAUAGAUGAAGCUGAAGCGGCUGUUCGGAGAAUGUGGGUCUGGGUUGCUCCUGAUCUGGAGGAGAAACUCGCRGCAUUGCGAGAGCGAAGGAAAGAGAUCCCAUUGACACCAGCGAUGGCACRAAGAGAUCAGGAUGGUGAGCUGGACAAGAGGCUCCAAACUUUUAAUCAGGGUGCACAGCCUGGUGAAACAGACGAGGAGAACAGGAAUGGGGCGGGGGCCACGAGGAACGUGGAAGAGGGGGCAGUCCCRGAAACAAGAGCUAUGGGGGUCAAGGGCGACUCAGAGGCAACAGCAGUAGCGGAUCCAAGGAGUGGUUUUGGUAAUACCCCUCUAGUUGAAAUAGACAGGAAUGGGGAAGGGGASGAGUCAAGGAUGCAAAGGAGGGAGCUUGUCCGCAGCCCAAGUCAACUAGCAGUAUCCAGGCGUGCUGAAGAGGACGAGCAGGAGCAACCUUCCUCGUCGGAGGAUGACGACGAAGAAGAGGAAGAAGAGGAGUAUGACGAGGAGGAAGAGGAGGAGGAGGAGGAAAGAGAUGAUGAUCAUGGUGAUGAGGAGGAGGAUGGUGAGGAGACUCACAACGAAAAGACGCGACCAUCUACACCGCGACGUCCCAGAGUGAAACAGAGGGUGAAGGAUGAGACCGAUAGUCCUUGGUGGAAGGACUUGCUAGGAGGCACGCCUCGCUUCCCCUUUGGGUCCCGAAAAGUUGAUGUUGACCCUUCCUCAUCAACAGGUGGUGAGGAGAAGGAGACGGGUCUGAUGAGUUUCCAUCAGGCUGGCCCCACGACUGACCUAGGAGCCACUACUGCCAGCGUAAAGCAGAGUAGCAUGCAGAGGAGCGAAAACGUGAGYGGUGGACAAUCUGAGGGGUCGCUUAAGGAAGGCAGCAAGAGGGAGAACCCCAACCCCAUGAGUGGGCUUGCUGGUUCKKCAGCUGCUUCUGCUGCUGAUGGAAUGGGAGCUGAUGGGAAAGGACGACCGAACACAGGCGGCAGUGGGGAAAACGUAGGAGGAGGAGGAGAUGUAGAAGAUGUGGAUGAGAAGACCAGCUGGAGGCAGACUGCCCAAGAUGUUGCAGGUCAUGUGCUCGAAUCCCGCUKGUUCAAAGCCGUGGUUAUCGGAACAAUUCUUGCGAACUCCAUCACGAUCGGCUUGCAGACAUCAUUGUACCUGGAGCAUCGAGUGGGAAAUGUAUUCAAAAGGCUGGAUUACUUCUUCCUAGGGGUAUUUGUGAUCGAGAUACUGAUAAAAUGGGCCCAUGGUUUCCGGGCCUUCUGGCGGAGCCCCUGGAAUGUCUUUGACUUCACCAUUAUCCUGCUUGCCAUUUUAGGAGAAGCURUCAUCAGCUUGGCGUCACCAGGAGUGCAGCAGAUCCUUCKGGUARUACGGUCGUUAAGAAUACUAAGGAGCAUAAGUACRAUGCAGGGGUUGCAAGUCAUUGUCAAUGUGUGUGCUGAGUCACUGCCUGACAUGGGCAAUGUCCUCGUGCUUCUGCUCAUUGUCAUGUUCAUAUGGGGUGUYGUGGGCGWGUCUGUGUUUGGCCAGGCCGUCCCUGAGCACUUUGGCACCAUUUGGGGUAGCAUGUUUACACUUUUCGUGCUCAUGACGCAAGAUGGAUGKGUGGUUAUAUUCAGAAAGCUCGAGAAACAUGGCCUCUUUGCCCCUGCCUACCUUUACUGCGCCUCUUUCAUUGUGAUCGGCACCUACGUCUUCCUUAAUGUUCUUGUGGGCAUAACUGUAACUAACCUGCAGUUAGCCUACCAGGACAUCAARAAGGCUGCGAAGCAAAGGGUGUCAGAGCUGUCCUCCAAACAGUCCACUGGCACAGAUAAGGACAAACUAGAUCCCRGCCCUACRAUUCUCUCCUCCUUGSUCAUAAAUGAGGUGGCUUCGAGUGUCUGGGACUCUCAGAGACCAAUUGAGCGUCCAACCCUCCAACACAUUCCCAUGUCAUUGCUAGAGAGCUAUGCCCUCCUCAUUCUCGCCAUGGAAGAUAACAUAAAGGAGCUCGAUCGUAUCYGAUGCGCUCUCAUUGAUAUCUGCAUCGAGAUUGAAGAGCUGAAUGCGCCCCAGGAUCUCAACGACGAGGAGGUCAUUCAGGAUGGUGACUGGUCUGAGUCAUCCGGGGAAGAGGAUGAUCGGGAUCUUGACUUCCGGAAAGGUGCCACUCAGCCUGAGACACUCGAGGAACGCGUGUCACGUCCAACACCGGGGUUGCAGUUCGCGAGAGAACGGGCAGAUAUUCUUUCUGAGAUGAUCAGAGGAGGAGGGGUAGAUGCAGCCCCCGUUGGUGAACAGGACCCCCAGGGAGGCACAGAAUCGCACCCAGGAAUGAGAAGGCCAAGGUCCAGGUCUCUUCCUGAGGAUGCUUCACGACCCGGCAAGAACAAGGGCCCCUCCAUGCCCCAGCUGCGGUUCUGAGUUCCGGCCCCCAUUUUCCCUAAAGCUUUGAUAUUCUCUUUUUUUUUUUCUUUUUUUUUUCUUUUUUUUUUGCUGGGACCAUUUCUCGA